UGGCAUAAUGCCAUAGUGACACAGUUUAAGUUAUAUUGCUUUAUACUUUGAUAAUGUGACACAUAUAUAUGACAUGCGGUGGUUGAAAUCGUUUCAGUGUCACCAAAAUGGCAGGUCUUCGAUUCGCCGUUUUUUUCUGUGUUUUAAUAAUUCAGAGAGUGGCAAGCCAAACCUGCAACACCCAAACGGAGUUAUUCAUAUCCGUAGAUGACUUGAUGAAAGCCAUUAACAACGGACCUGGAUUCCCAGGCCUCAUAGAAACAAACAACCAAGCUUGCGGACGUCAACCACCCCGCCAACCAUCCUGUCAAAACAACCAGCAAUGCAGCUGCCAACAACCUCAAACAGCUUUAGCGUUAGGUCAACCUACCUUCUCGAUCUCCGGAUUUAACCUUGGCAACCAAUGUGGCUGUCAACAACCUCAAAUUAGCCAACCAAGUCAAUCUAGUUGCCAAUCUCUUCAAAUCAGUAAGCCAAGCCAACAAUGUGGUUGUCAAUCUCUUCAAAUCAAUCAACCUAGUCAAUGUGGUUGCCAAUCUAUUCAGAUCAGUCAACCCAGCUGCGGUUGUCAGCAAAACCAGCAAUUAACUAUUUCAAAUCCUACUAUGUCCUUCCAACCUAUUUCAAUGGCGCAACCAAGUCAAACUCAACAAAAACCUCAGCCUAAACAGAUUAAAACAGAAAGUGUACCAAGUUGCAUCAUCCCAGCAGCCCUUUUGCAAGCUCCUCCUUACGGUAUACUCUUUGCUGGCGAUAACUUGCUCAUAGAUGGCGCUGUCCAAGUUUGUGGUAACAUGCCGUUCAACAGUAUCAUCGAGCUGGGUGGAGUCAUGCCGAGUUCAGGGUCCGGAUGUGUGCAAUAUUCCUGUGGUGAUUCGUGCGCUAUUUGCGCGUAAAUUAUAUAUUUUUAUACAGUUUACAAUAAAAGGUUUACAUCUCUGA